GGCCACGCUGGAAUGAGACACGGCGAUCGCUGUUUCUGCAUGCAACGACGCGAUCAAAGCAGCUUUUCCAGCCAGACCGCCACUCUUCCUUUCGUUCGCGCCUGCGAUGAGCUCGUUUCAUCGGCCAGAUACUGAUACUCGUACCGGUGCUCUGCUCGCUGCGGUGGAAGGACAAGAGAUCACUUGGGUAGGCCAACGAUCAUUCGUCAUGACACAAAACGGCUUGCAACCAUUCCUGAAUUUGAAGCAUUGACUUUGCCGGUCCAGCUCGGCCGGUUUUCCGACUGCGGGCCCAAUUUCCCUUCACGGUCCAGCUUUCCAAGUCGCGGGGCCUGACCCGAUUCGUGUCACAAUGUACUACGUAAGACGGGGCCCAAGGGUUGAUGCGGGCUCGCUGCCGAGAACCAUUGGAUUGUUUCUCUGGUAUCCCCAAAGGUGUAGCACUGUUGCGACUAGCAUUCAUCAUUUUCUCGCCGGUGAUGGUGGACAGUUGACGUUCCGCUCGGAAGUCAAUCAUUUGCACUUGCAACUGAAGCCAAAUUGCGUCGCUCCUGAGCGGCCUAGGGGGGUGGAGAAUCCAAGGACCGCCAGGGGUCCUUCUGAUUGCCGAGGCCAGGGUGUGCCCCGGUCCGCACAUGACGGCCGGGACAGCAACCAAAGUUGCGAUUUGCCGUGGAAAUCCACCUCCUGCCACACAGCGGAACAUAAGACGCGAGAUCCCGUCGGUCGUGUCGCGCAGACAGGCGGUCCCUUGCAGAGGGAAAUGACAUCGCCGUUGGAUCGGAACCGGGGCCCCCCUUUCGUCACUGGGACAAACGUCCUGUCGGGUCCCCAAAAGCCGCUGGUUUCUCCCUUUAUGCGACGACCGCAAAAUCUCCACCGCUUGCCCGGGAAUGCAUGACGCUGCCGAAAGAAUCUUUGCGCGACCAAUUCCUCAAAAGACUACGUCCCUCCGAAGUUACCGCGCCGAUGCCUCGAUAG